GUCAUCCCCAUGUCACUACCGAACUCUUUCCGUAGAUAUUUACAAUUAAAUAUAUACCGUCAUUUACGCCCAAUUCACUGGUGCUGUUCUUGCUCGUUGCCGUUCCAAUUCGAUCUUCUCACCAAUUCUAGAUACCCUUUGUAGCUCCACCGAGCUGCAAUUCCCAUAGCCAACGUCAUGGCUGCCGAGAACAUGAGCUUCUCCGUCCCGCCGGAUCUACAGAAAUAUCUCGCUGACCUUGAUGCAUUCAUUGACGCCAAGAUCAAGCCCCUACAGAACAAGGACGACAACAAUCGAUUCUUCGAUCACCGCCGCGAACACGCGCGAACCGACUGGGAUAAUGGCGGUCUCCCACGCCGAGAAUGGGAAGAGCUUCUUUUAGAAUCGAAGAGGCUCGCCGAUGAGGCUGGUUUCUUCCGUCUUUCCCUUCCGAAGCAGUACGGCGGGCAGAAUUCCGCAGACGGUCGAGGGUCGAACCUAUGGAUGGCCGUGAUCCGCGAGCAUUUGGCGUCCAAAGGCCUGGGCCUGUUCAAUGAUCUCCAGAACGAGCACAGUAUGGUCGGAAAUUUCCCAGACGUAGUCAUGCUCAUGAACUAUGGCAAUGAGCAGCAAAAGGAGGAAUUGAUACAGGGACGGCUGAAGGGCAAGGUCAGGAUCACAUUUGGAUUGACGGAGCCGGGUCAUGGAAGUGAUGCUACACAUAUGGAGACUCAUGGACGGCCGGAGAAGAGGAAUGGCGUUGAUGGGUGGCUUUUGAACGGCGCGAAGAGGUGGCAGACUGGUAUGCACCAUGCGACACAUUGCUUCAUCUUCGCGAGAACACAAGGGAAGGACGGCCAGGCAAAGGGUAUCAGUUGUUUCAUUGUUCCCAGUGACUCACCAGGGCUUAAGGCUGAGAGCUACGAGUGGACACUGAACAUGCCCACGGAUCAUGCCACCGUCUCCAUCAAGAACGUCUGGGUACCCUCAACCGCUGUCCUCGGCCCCAUCCACAACGGCCUAGGAGUCGCCCAAGCCUUCGUUCACGAGAACCGCAUCCGACAAGCCGCCUCCUCCCUCGGCGCAGCAGUCUUCUGCGUCCGCGAAUCCGUCGAGUACGCCAACCGACGCGCCCCCUUCGGCACACCCCUCUCCCACAACCAAGCCAUACAAUUCCCGCUCGUCGAACUUCACACACAGUGCGAGAUGCUGCGGCAACUUAUCCGCAAGACCGCGCUCGAAAUGGACAGCAUGCCGCACGUAGAAGUCGAGAAGAAGAUUGGCGAUAAGGUUAGCAUGUGCAAUUACUGGGCCAACCGGCUCUGUUGCGAGGCUGCAGAUCGCGCUAUACAAGUUCACGGCGGGAAUGGAUACAGCAGACACUUUCCGUUUGAGCACAUCUGGAGACAUCACAGGAGAUACAGGAUCACGGAGGGCAGUGAGGAGAUUCAGAUGCGAAAGGUGGCGGCGUAUCUGUUCGGUUUUGGCGGGAGGAAGAGUCUCACGGAUGCGACGUCGAAGUUGUAGUCCAAUAUCCAUCCCUUUGUACAAGAAACCCUCCUGUAACUACCGAAAAAAG